AUGGUACUGGCCUUUCCGGCAGAAGGCUAUGUUUACGGAAUGAUGUACCUAUUCAUGGCGAUAAGCGGAGGAAUAGCGUACAUAUUCUCCGCUUUUUUUGUUGUGCCAGUUUUCCAUCCCCUAAAGCUGACGAGUAUUUACGAAUAUCUAAACCUUCGAUACGGCGACAACAUUCUUCGCAAUGUCACAAUGAUCAUAGGCGUGAUCUACUACCUUUUCUACAUGGGAACGGUUACGUAUGGAACAAGCGUUGCCCUGGAAGUUGUCAUGGGUAUUCCAUAUUGGGCCACAAUCAUUGGCUAUAUCACGUUAACCGCCAUAUACACAUCCAUUGGCGGAAUCCGAGCUGUGAUUUGGACGGACUGUUUCCAAUUCGUAAUUAUGGUGAUAGGUUUUGUAGCUAUCAUCGUAAAAGGAACCAUUGACGCCGGCGGCCCGGGAGUUGUGGUUUCAACUGACCGCUUCAGUUUUAAAGAAUUCAGCGCAGAUCCAAGGAUACGAUACACGUUUUGGAACCUCUCAUUCGGAAGUAUCAUAUUCUGGCUUUAUUACAGCUACAGUCAAGCAGCUAUGCAGAGAGUGUUUUCAACACCAAACGUCCGGGCUGCAAGGAAUCUCUACCUCAUAUGUUGCCCAAUUUACAACAUUGUCCUUAUAAUGUCGGUCUUGGAAGGCGGGGUUAUAUAUGCAUACUACUAUUCCAAAGGAUGUGAUAUCAACGGUGGUGGAAUCGUUGACAAUGUAAACGCUAUUAUACCUUUCACUAUCAUGGAAUUGUUUAAUAACCACCCUGGCCUUCCGGGCCUCUUCAUAGCAGCACUUUCCAGCGCAGCAUUCAGUACGUUAUCUUCGUGUCUCAGCAGUCUUGCCGCUAUUGCAUACGAGGAUGUCAUCAAAGUCAGGCAUCCGAACCUUACACCAGCAUUCGGUACGAAAAUAUCUAAAAUAAUGACACUUGUGUUUGGAGCAGUGGCCAUGGGCAUUGCUUUCAUCAUUUCUGUUUUGCCUGGUUCCAUUCAAGCGAUUUCCCAGAGUAUAUUUGCCUGCAUGGACGGUCCUAUGUGCAUGAUCUUUAUACUGUCUCCGAUGUUCAAGAGAUCUACAACAAAAGGCUUACUAACUGGCGCUAUAGUGGGAAUGGUAGUAGUUAUGUGGUUGAACAUGGGAAAACUCUUCUUUAGUGUUGAGGAUGACCAAAGUCUUCCCUAUGGACCUACACACAACUGUGACAUUUACAGGGACGGAAAUGUCACAACGACAAUGGCUUACAAAUAUUUGAACAUUUCAAACUCAGAAACAACUUCUUUGAUUAUAAAUACGACGCUCACAGUUGACCAAAGUGGCCCACAAAUGAAAACAUUUUUCCAACACAUUUACAGCAUUUCGUAUGUAUGGUUUUCUAUGAUUGGGUUCAUUUUGUCUAUGGCUGUUGGAAUAGUGGCUUCCUUACUCACCGCACCACCUACAAAUGUGAACCCUAUGACUCUAUUCAGUUGGGACAAGCAUAUCAAAAGGGAACUUUGUGGUCAAGGUUGCGAUGGUGACGACAAAACACCACCAACUAUUGUUGAUGAAGAGAUGAAGUUUCUUCACAAGAAUGACGGUACAAAGGACGUUUUCAGUAUGAACGACGAUAUAUAG